GUGUUGAGAACAAGUGAUUUUGGAAGCUAUAAGUGCAAUAUGAAGAGUGUUCUGCUGAUUAGUGCUUUUUGCUUUGUGUGGAUGGAACUUUUGCUGGCCUGGCAGCAGCAAUCCUUGGACCCGUACAGGCAGGCCCUGGUCAAUUACCGGUCGGAUGCUCCGAAGAAUAAGUUCUACGAGUUGUCAAGCGAGCAGUACGUUCCGGGUACUUUUGACGCGGAUUCUGGAGUUCGACAGAAGCGUUUAAGUGAUCCUACCUUUCGAGGUAAUCCGAAGACUCGUGAACAGAUUUGGGCUAGGAAUUUUGCUCACAUUUUGGUGAACGAUAGGCAGUCAAAGUCGUUGGUGGAUUUGUUGAUCCGAGUUGUGACAAAGUAUCUGCACGCAUGUAUUCCGAUCAUCCUGUUUGAUUCGUAUGUUGAGCAGAAGGAAGGCUUAAUGAUGGAGUCGUUGUUUAGACAAUUUCCGUUGACUUAUACUUGUGGAAAAAUCGGACUGAACUACACGCUGGAAAAUCCGGAGAUUCUCGCCACCACAGCUUCCAAGUGCCGCAGCUAUAUAAUUUUCUUGUCCGAUGCACUGAUGACCCGCCAUAUAAUUGGACCUCAGCUGACCGACUAUGUUGUCGUUAUCCCGCGAUCAAGUCAGUGGAAGUUGCAGGACUUUCUCUCGUCGAAGGAAUCCAGAGAUAUUCUGAACCUGCUGGUCAUUGGCGAAUCGUACUCGGACGGAAAGUCAGCUAACGAGGAAGUUCCGUACGUGCUGUACACACACGAUCUGUACAUAGAUGGGUUGGGUUCGAACCGACCAAUUGUGUUGACAACCUGGAUGAACGGGAAGUUUUCCCGUACCAACGUGGAUCUGUUUCCGAAAAAGAUCAGGAAGGGUUUCUCGGGACAUCGCUUCACCGUUGCGUUAGCUCACCAACCUCCAUUUGUGUUUAAACAACUGUCAACAGAUGCGGUCGGCAACAUUGCCAUUCGGUGGGAUGGGAUAGAAAUUCGAGUGCUGAAAACGAUGGGGAAUUAUCUUAACUUUACGAUCGACUAUAAGGAACCGUCCAAAGGCUAUCUUGGUCCAGGAGACGCUAUAACGGAUGAAGUUGAACGACGUCAAGCGGAUAUUGGGGUUGCUGGAGCCUACGUGACAAUCGAGCGAAACGUUAAUACGGAAAUGGCGGUGUCACACUCUUCAGACUGUUCCGCCUUUAUCACGUUGAUGUCAUCGUCUCUUCCCAGGUACCGCGCCAUCUUGGGCCCGUUCCAGUGGCCAGUAUGGUUGGCUUUGACGUUGAUCUAUCUGCUGGCGAUAUUCCCGCUGGCUUUUUCCGACAAGCUCAGCUUGCGCCAUCUGAUCGGAAACUGGAGCGAAAUCGAGAACAUGUUUUGGUACGUGUUUGGUACCUUCACAAACAGUUUGACCUUUACGGGUGAGAACUCUUGGAGCAACACGAAGAAGACCUCGACGCGGAUGUUGAUCGGUAUUUACUGGAUGUUUACCAUCAUUAUCACAUCGUGCUACACUGGGUCAAUCAUUGCGUUCGUAACUAUGCCGGUCCUUCCGGAUACGGUGGACACGGUCGCAGAGCUACGUAGAGGAUUUUAUCGCGUUGGAACACUGGAUCGUGGCGGCUGGGAACGAUGGUUUUUGAAUUCGAGUGAUGCUUCUACAGCUAAACUUUUAAAGAAGCUUGAAUUUGUGUCCAGCUUGGAAGAGGGCAUAAAGAAUGUCACGGACGCUUGGUUGAUUUCGUAUGCAUUCAUCGGUUCCAAGGCUGAGCUAAACUAUCUGGUCCAGUCCAACUACUCGGAUGAAUCACACAACAAACGCUACGAGCUGCAUGUUAGUAAGGAGUGCUUUUCGUUGUUUGGUGUAUCGUUUGUUUUGCCUCAAAAAUCGGUUUAUCGGGACAAAUUCAACAACGCGAUACUGUACAUGCAGGAAGCAGGUAUAAUAGGUAAAUUAAGCAAGGACGUUUCUUGGGAUAUGCAGAGAACGAGUGACGGUCGUUUUCGGCAGGCUUCGGUUGGCAAAACUUUGCGUUCACCAACGGCAGGAGCUGAGAAGGGCCUCACACUGGGCGACACGGAGGGUAUGUUUCUGUUGAUGGGCAUUGGGUAUCUCUUAGGUUUGGCUGUACUGAUCUCCGAGUGGAUCGGCGGGUGUACCAACAAGUGCAAAGAGUUGAUCGAAGCUCGUAAAGAUCGUUUCCGGCGCUCGUCGACCUCCUCAAUUCCCGCAUCCAGUGCAUCCUCGGCGAACCAGAACUCACCCAGAAGACGACCAACGGGAAAGGAGUACAACCUCAUGUACAACGGCGACAGCAGCUCGCAAGCGUUGACUCCCCGGGCUGGCUUCGACGACGACAGUGGAUCGGAUAUUAGCGAGGGAACGCGCACCAGAAGAACCCUGUCGGAGAGCCUUCAGGACGUUGGCCAGAAUACGCUGCAAGAACUGUACGAUGGUCCAAACCGCAGGCAUUCGACGAUUGUGUACAUCGACGGGAAGAUGAUGUCAGAGGAAGAAGCGCAGCGAUAUGCGGCCACCAAGAAGUCCAAUCGCUCGCACUCCAGCCUGGGAUCGGUUGUAGAGCACGAGGUGACUCGGCUGUUCAAGUUCUUGGACGAUCGGAAGGGAAGCCACGAGGAGCAUCGACCCAAACAUUCACGCCAUCAUUCUCGCUCGAUUGAGGUGGCAGCGGAAGUUAACCGGGUGGUGGACGACGCGGAAAAGCAGGUCGUUGAAAAGUCAUUUGGAGAGGAACUGUUGCAUUGAGCUUAUGGGUCUUCGUACAAUUUUGACAAAUGACCAUACAAAAAUUGUCCGAAAAUAUAUGAAUUCGGUUUCUUUUUUAAAGUAAUUUUCUGAUCAAUUCGAUGUCCUGACAAAGUUGUAAAUGAGGACAAUAAUUAAAUUUCCCAAAA